AUGUCGCUACUCGGUAGCUAUAAAGCCCGCAUCACCAAGGCCGCCAACGCACUUCGCAAGGAGAUCACCGAAGUCAACGAGGCCUUGAACCGUUGGACCCUACCACGGAGGCAGAGUGAGAAGGCCGAAGAGUUUGCCCGUCAACAUCCUGACGAGCAGGGCGAAUUCCCCUACCUCCAACAGAUUCAGAGCCACUGGGACGCUAGUGAACUGGAUCAACUUUUGGAGGAGGCCGAUAUUCUCCGUCUACGUCUCGAUGUUGUGAUCAAACUCUUGCCGAGCUCAGAGGCCUUGUAUUCUUUUCAUGCUCCGACUGUUCCUCCCUCUUUUUCAUCUGUUACUUUUUCACCGCACCCGGCCCAAGACCCUAGUUCGACCCAUCAGCAGCCCGCGCAGGAUGUGAGAGCGGAAAUCCGGAGCCACUCUUCAUCCCACGAUCAGGAUCGUCCAUCAGAACCUGUCGCUGCCGCGCCAGCUGAUACCUUACUACCAGCACGCGCAUCUAGCGCCUCCCAAGGAUUCGGCAUCCCCUCAGACGACCCCUCUUAA